AUGUCGUCUGCCAGUCUGCGAGCAUCGCUCGACAAGCUCAUCGACCAGUAUGGCUGGGAGCAGGUGUGCGAUACAUGGAACGAGAUUGUGAAGGAAGGUCGGCCAAAGCCGCUGUCCUCUGCAUCGCGGCCAGCGACACCAUCGUCUUCGAACAACGGGCCGCGACGUACGCCGUCCUACCUGCGCAUGACGCACCUGCUCGGCAACCCUCCGUCAACUGCGCUCCCCUCGCUCCCAGACCCGCUCGACAACCGGAUCUCGAGCCACUCGGCUUCCUCGCUCGACGUAUCGAAACUGACGCCCCCGAUGUCAGAGAAGCGGUUCGACUUUGGCAAGACAGGAGACGAGGGCGACGACCUGAUCGCCUCGCUGGAGUUCCUCCGCGCGGCGCCUAGUGCUCCCCCGCCUCCCCCGCCCGGCCCGACUCCGCCGACACCGGCCGCCCAGACGCCGAAACACAAGCCGGCCGACUAUGCGUCGUUCAUGGACCGACCGAUGCCGAAGCGGCCGCCUCGCCCCGAGAGCGGGAUCCUCAGCGCGGCCGACCUCAUCGCUGCCGGUUGGCAAGCUGCACCUGCCGUACGAGUUCGCCGACGACGACGUGAUCCCCCACCGCUCGCCGAGCCAGAGCCACCCCAGCUCACUGCCAUCGCUGCCCAGCCUGCCCUCCCUGCCAGCCCUUCCCCACCACCACGACCGCCACCACCCCCGCCGGAGACACACAAAGUCGCCCAAACCCUCCCGGGCAGCCCGCCAAAACUCCCCCCGCCGAGCCCGAUCGACCCCCUCCCCGCCGUCCCGAGCCGGAGCAGCAGCCGAGCGCACCUGAAGAGCCCCGGUCCCGGAACAAACAUCGCGCACACGCCCACGACGCUGCCGUACACGUUUGCAGACGACGAGCCCGAGGACGCGCCCAGCACUGCCCGCGUGCGCGCCGACGUGCAGCAAUGGCAGUGGGAGGAGACCAACGACAGUAACUAG